GGGUCCGUCGGGACGGGGCGGUCGCUGCGCUGCGAGCGGCGGGGACAGCACGCGGCGCGGCCAUGGCGGACGGGGAUGGUUCCAGCGUGAAGAAGCGGCGGAAGGAGAAGAAGCGGGCGCUUUCCGAUGAUGAUGUAGCGGACAUUCAGCACACCGAGGACUUUCUGAUCAAGCCCGAGUCCCGCGUGCCCCAGCUGGACACGUCGCAGUGGCCCUUGCUGCUGAAGAACUUUGACAAGUUGAAUGUGAGGACAACACACUACACGCCUCUUCCCUCCGGUUCUAAUCCUCUGAAGAGAGAAAUUUCUGACUAUGUUAGGUCUGGCUUUAUUAACCUCGACAAACCCUCCAAUCCAUCCUCUCACGAGGUGGUUGCGUGGAUCCGGCGCAUCCUGCGAGUGGAGAAGACAGGGCACAGUGGCACUCUGGAUCCCAAGGUGACCGGGUGCCUCAUUGUGUGCAUCGAGAGGGCAACACGGCUGGUCAAAUCUCAGCAGAGCGCAGGCAAAGAGUAUGUGGGAAUUGUUCGGCUGCACAAUGCCAUUGAGAGUGAGGCUCAGCUGGCCAGGGCCAUAGAAACUCUGACAGGUGCCCUAUUUCAGCGGCCACCCCUCAUUGCUGCUGUCAAACGACAGUUGAGGGUUAGAACUAUCUACGAGAGCAAGCUGGUGGAGUAUGAUCCUGAGAGAAGAUUAGGUAUCUUCUGGGUGAGCUGUGAAGCAGGCACCUACAUCCGAACCCUCUGCGUUCACCUGGGGUUGCUGCUGGGAGUGGGGGGCCAGAUGCAAGAGCUCCGCAGAGUCCGCUCGGGCAUCCUGGGAGAGAUGGACAACAUGGUGACCCUGCAUGAUGUGCUGGAUGCUCAGUGGCAGUAUGACAACCACAAGGACGACAGCUACCUGCGGAGGGUCAUCCUGCCCCUGGAGAAGCUGCUGACUUCACACAAGAGGCUCGUCAUGAAAGACAGCGCGGUUAAUGCCAUUUGCUAUGGAGCCAAGAUCAUGCUGCCUGGUGUUCUGCGGUAUGAGGAUGGUAUUGAGCUUAAUCAGGAGAUUGUUGUCAUCACCACGAAAGGAGAAGCCAUCUGCCUAGCCAUUGCCUUGAUGACCACAGCAGUCAUUUCUACUUGUGACCACGGCAUUGUGGCAAAGAUCAAGAGAGUGAUCAUGGAGAGAGACACAUAUCCCCGRAAAUGGGGGCUGGGCCCCAAGGCCAGUCAAAAGAAGAUGAUGAUCCAGAAGGGUCUGCUGGACAAGCACGGAAAGCCCAAUGAGAACACACCAGAGUCCUGGAGGAGGGAAUAUGUGGAUUACAGGGAUGCUUCCAGGAAAGAAGCAGCUGCUGGUCACCAAGCUGCUCCAGAGGUGGACAGGGCUGCAAAAAGGAAGCGAGACUCGGAGAGUGAAAACGAUGAAGCUGUGAUCCCACCGUCCCCUGCCACCCCACCACCAGAGGAGCUGAGCAAAAAGGAAAAGAAAAAGAAGAARAAAGAGAAGAAGGCCAGAGAGGCAGCUGAGAGUGGGGGAGACGAAAUAGAAGUGACCACUGAGACCAGCACCAAGAAGAAAAAGAAGAAGAAACAUAAGGAGGUAGUAGAAGAGAGCUCGGAGUAAACAACUGGAUCUGUCCAAAGCAGGCAACCUCAUGAGUAAGGAGAGAGAUUUAGGCCUUGAGAAGAAGACUGGCUGUGUGGCAGACGAGCCAGCAAGUUCCAAGUUCWGUUCUGCCGUUCAUAUGAGUGAGUGGGUGUUUGCCCUGCUCAGGAGCCCCUCCUCAUCCUGUUUUAAGGGUUGCCAGAGGAGCGGGGUGCCCCCCUAUCCCUGCACUGGAUUGAUCUCUAAAGCUGAGCACCRUGAUGCCAACAGAGGUGGUGUCUUCAGGGAAACCUUUGGCUCUUCCCUGGUGUGUUUUCAGCUARAGAGGGUGGAAUAAUCUUUCUCCCCCCUCGCAUACUGCGUCUGUUUUCCCUUUUCUUCCAAGGUUGAAGCUGUUACCUGACAGUUAGAGAAUGUGUUGCUGCCUGGAGGAGUGGCUUUGUCGCAGCCCCAGUGAAUGGGUUUGCAUGGGGACAGUCAGAUCAGUUCUUUUUGAAGAACUCUGCUUUGUUUUGACCUGGCCACACGCUUGGCUUGACCUUCGGCUAAAUGAGAACAAAUAGUCCACCCAGGUUUCCACUUUUUUUUUUUUUUUUCAACCUUUAUCACGGAAGGAUUAGAAAAUUUAAUUCCUCAAUUUUGCUUUAUAGCACAAGGAUGUGCUUGUUCAUUGUGUGCUGAUCCCCAAGCCCAGUGCCUGGGUGGCCUGGGCAGUGUGUACCUCCUGCUGGCUCUUGCACUUCUCUACCCCUUUGUUGAAAUUUGUUGGAAUUCUCUACCCAUGUUGGCACUGCAGGGCUGUUGAUUGCCUUGCCUGGUUUCAGUGCUCAGUGUGCUCUGAAGGCUGGAGGUGAGGAUGUUGCUGGGGGGCAGAAGGUGACCGGGAGGUGACUGACCAAUGUGUUUUUCAUGCUGCUGGGACUGGAGUCCUUGUGAGGAAAAGCUUGGUCAGAGCAGCUCCGAGGGGCAUUGGGUGUGGGGCUUAAACGGUUUCAGAUAAACUUUGGUUGCUAACUUCCUUAUCUGGAAUGACUUCUGGGGGCAGAAGGUCUCUCCUCUGUCACAGGGGUAGUGCUGAGCCAUGAUUUAGCUCCUUUCAAGGGGAAGGAGCCCAGGCUGUUUUGUUCUGUUUGAUCCCUGCAGAGAUUCUGUUAACUGUGGGUUUAACCUCGUGCAUUGCUUUUGUCCUAAUGGUCUAUCAUCCCCUCCAGUGCUGGAGAUUCAUGCAAGCAGUGGGGACAGCAGCUGGUGGGUGUUACAAUCUGAGCAGAAAAAGGUCCAUUUUUAUUUACUCUUUUUUACAAAAAUAAAUAAAAAGUUCUGGUUUUGAA